CCUCCCGUCAACACUAGAGAGUAAGAGGUUUGUACUAGAUACACAUGCCGUCCUAUCUUUAACACGGGACAUAUGUAUUUUUAGCAGUAAAGCCUCACUAGUGAUUUUUGAAUGAAUCUCCAUUCUUACAUAUCCAACAAUACUAUGGAGUUUGCCUCGUACUUUAACUCUUAGCAUAACAGUGUUAAGAUCCCAAACGGACCCACUCGUAUCGGGCUACUUAAGCUACACCGGGAAUUUCCUGUUGCUGUGUGUGCAAAAUUAUUUAUUUGUUCAUUGUUAGUGUUUACAUCAACCAUGAUGGAGGUGCCUCAAAUGUAAACAACAUUAUGAAUUGCAGUUCUCUUUAUACGGAAUACUCUUCGGAUUAUUGAUUUUGUUGUGGUAUCCAUCUUCUGUUUUCCAAUAAAUCUGGAGUAAUGACAACCAACGGGAAAUCCAAAUCCGUGGACACCAGGAUCGUGGUACUUGGUCGUCCUUGUGUCGGAAAAUCAGCUCUAGUGGUGAGGUAUUUAACCAAACGCUUUAUCUGGGAAUACGACCCGACGUUAGAAUGUACAUACAAGCACCAUACUAUUGUGGACGACGAGCCAGUUGUCAUCGAGAUUCUGGACACAGCAGGCCAGGACGAGACUAUCCACAGGGAGGGCCACGUUCGCUGGGCUGAUGGAUUUGUUUUGGUGUAUGCAAUUAACGACAGACAGAGCUUUGAAGAUAUCUAUACCAUAAAACAGUACCUUGAUGACAUCAAGCGGACAAACGUGCAGUGCAUACUUGUGGGAAAUAAAACUGAUCUUCUUCACGAGCGGAAAAUUAGCACAUCUGAAGGACAGAAGCUAGCUCAGGACAUGGCAUGUGCAUUUUUUGAAACCUCUGCCAGUGACGGUGGGGAAGAAAUUUGUGAACUUUUUUGUGAGCUACAUCGUGAGGUAAAACGACGGAAGAUGAUCGAGAGUAAACCACGGAGACGCAGUUCAGCCCAACAAGUUCGUCAAGUACUGACGAAAAUGUUUAACAAACAAAAUAGUAAACAAAUCUCUUCAUGACUAAUAUGCUUAAUUCAGUUUUUACAUAUCUGUCACCUUUUAAUGUUACAUAUUUUGCAUCGUGUUGUCCAUUUAAUAAAUUAAAUUAUUCGCUAA